GCUGAAACACACGAUUGCUGUCAACACCUGUUGAGUGAUAGGGAAAGACUAAAUGCCGAGAAUUCGCGGUUAAGGGAUAUGUGCGAGAAAUCUUCAAUGGCAGGCGUGAUAGAGAGGGCCCGGAAUCGUCUGAACAACUAUCACAUGGAGAGCAAGUUUACCGAUAUGUGCGACAAUCGGCGCCGACUGGCCAUCACUGUAUCCAUCGAUGCCAUACUCCGAACAGAUAGUUACGAGUCAAUGGCCACACAUAUAACUCACGCCUUUAACGGGACCGAGGCUUAUAACUGGGAACAGACGGUCCGCUGGCAUUGUGUAGUUUACGGCCGGAGUGGCGGCUAUUCGGCAAUAGUGUCGGCCGACCAAUAUUUCCGGGUGUCGUUUGGCGAACUCGUAAUUGUAAUAUUUGGCUUUAAUCUUGUUUAA